UGCGCAUUUGUACACCGAUUUCUUCUGAGGAAAGGCGAGAGAGAGAGAGAGAGAGAGGAAGUGCGGAGUGAGAGUUGCUCGUGCAGGCAGCGUGUUCAGCCUUCACUUCACCUCCCACAUGUAACGUGGCAAAGCUCCUCAACAAGUGAAGCGUGCUGUCUUCAGUUCCCUGAACGAUCGCGCCAUGGUUGCGGUGAGCGCGGAGAGCCCCGUGGAUCAGUACCGGACGCUGGCGUACGACACCGCGCUCAGUACUCUACUCGCUGUGCUGGUGUACGCGGCGGUGAAGGUCAGCCUGGACGGGAUCCGUCAGUGGCGGGCUCGGAUCUCGGUUCUGAUCGUGGGCUCGGGUCCGAUCGGUCUGACCGCGGCUCUGGUCGCUGUCCGCUCCGGUAAAGUGCUGAAACUGACGCUCCUGGAUGAGCGCUACCGAAGCGCGCUGCUCUGCAGACCGCAGCAGAUCGCGCUGGACCCCCGCAGCGUCCGCUUCCUCCUGGACCUGGGGGUGGAUUUUGACAACAUGGAAGGCUGCUGGCACAACGAGCACUUCUUCACCAAAAUCGGAGUGUUUCAGGAGUAUUUGCUGAGCAUCCUGGAGCAGAAGAAGCAAAAGGUUGACGUGAAACUCCAUUUGGGUACAAAGUUUAGCGAGGAGUACCUGAGGAAGAUGCCGAGGGGUGGAUGGCCGCGGGUGAUUGUGGUUGCUGAUGGUUCGUGUGGAGACUCCUGCUCGGUUCUGGGCAUCAGCGCUGAUUACAUCGUAGAAUCAUGUCGCGCUUACGGCGCCAAUGCUACUAUAGAAAGACUGGACCAGAGACAGGUUCCCACACCUGAGAUCCGUGCGCAUAGUUUGUAUUUUGAUCUGUCGGCGUACGGGAUCGACACUGUGAGGGAAUCACGCCGCUCCUCGCAGCCGGCAGCGAAGCCUGGAUUCCAUCUGAAGAUCUACGGAACGUUCCGGAACCGCUACAUGGCUCUGGCCUGCACUUCAGAUGCAGACUCCAAAAUGAUGCAUUUCCUGCGCCACACGGCCAACUCUUCAAUCAUGAAGAACAUCUUCCACCAGUCGUUCAACGCGUAUAAGACAGACAUCGAGCCGCGUCUGAGUGAACUCACGCUGCACCACAUGCAGUGCAGCCGCAAGCUGUUCGAGAUCAUGCUGUCCUACAGACGCGUCAGCGCCGCUUACAUCGAAGGAGACAACGUCGCCGUGACUGUGGAAGGAGAAGCUGCGCGAGUGCUCAACUUCGACACUGGUUGUGGUGUAAAUCUGGGCAUGAGAGGACUGGAGUCUCUGGGAAUGUUCAUCUACAGAACGGCCACGGCGCUGGACCAGAACGACGUGUUUGAGGCGCUCUCGGCCAAAAUCCAGCACUCCAGACACGUGGCAGAGACUUUCAGGAAGAGCGGACUGGCCUCUGCAGUGUUUGAAUGACCCUGAGCGUAUGUGUGUGUGUGUUUUGAGGGGAGUUAUAAACUUACUACUAGAGCCCGAC